AUGUCGGUGGGCCUUCAACGGCGCGUGCCAGCGCUGGACGAGGCGGGGGGUGGCGUGCCGGCCGCUUGGAAGUCGAGCGAGCCCCCUUUUCCUGCGUUCGCGCCGCCCGCUGGCUCCCCCGCCGGCCCGGCCUUCGCUGCCUCCCCCGCACCCUCCACCCCCGGCCCUGGACCCGGCUUCGCUGGUCCAUACGCAGCAGCCGGGCCCUUCGGCAGCCCCUCAGCGAGACCAGGGUCGGGGGGUGGCUUCCCCCCUGGACCACAACAGGGCCACUUUCCGGGCCCAGGGUUCGCGCCACCCGGGUCGCCGUUCCACCCCCACCCCCCACAUCCGCCGAUGCCACCGCAUCCGCACAUGAUGGCGCCUUUGCCGCCUCCUGUUGACAGGUAUUUACUAAUUAAUUAUAAAUAUGUGGAACAAAUGCGGAAUAAUAAUUUUAUUUUUAAAAUCACACUUAAGAAACGAUUCAUUCAACCAAACGAGCCCAAACUCGAAGGUCAAGAGUCACCAGUAGCCAUUGAAGAGUUCCACCAUCCACCUCCCGCGACCAGCAUCAGAUCAGCUCGAUGGUAU